AAUGUUACCUGCGCAAGAGUCGCAUUCCGUUUCCCACCUCCGCGCGUAUUCAUCGAGGCUGUUAAAGGCUUCGAUAUUCAAGUAUUUUUUAGAAAGUGACCUUAGUGCGUGUGUUUCGUUUUGAUACCGACAUGACAACCAACUAGUUGUUAAAAUGGCACAAUUGGCUUGCAUGCUCGCGAUGGCCGGUGCAGCGUCAGCGCAACUCACGCUUGAUGGCAUCCGUUGCGGGCAGCUCACUUGUCAGUUUGACGAAUAUUGCUCACCGGAAACCAAUAGAUGUGCACCAUGCGAAAUUGUUUGCAACAAAACGCACCACAACUCCGACUCUGGACUUUGCAUCAAGGAAUGUCAAGGAUACCUCCUGGAUUUGCGGUACAUGCGACGGAGUGAGACCGCCUCUCCACCUUCUGACAUGAACGGUGUGCAACGACAGGCGCAAACUGCUUUAAUUGUAAGCUGUGUUGCAUUGGCUAUGCUGCUGCUGGUUCUUAUUAUAAUUUGCCGAGGUCGUCUUUCGUGGAGACACAUAAAGCAAAAACUACAGCCUUCUAAGAAUCGCGUCAAGCAAUACCCAACUGACUUAACACACCAUAAUCCACACGCAGAAAUGCCGAAACCGAAACCAGACUUGAAAUUGGAAAUACGAAAUCCUGAGCCUCCGAAACGACAACCUUUGAACGUAAGAGACUUGGACGCUAGAACUCAGACCGAUAAGAGUCUGGGUGCUACGACUCCGAAGACCAUGAGUACAGCGGUGAGCAAUAGACACCCGGCGGAAGACACCACCCUUGACUUCUCGUACGAUAAUAUGGGCAUGAAUGUAACCCCACCCGAGCAAGCAGCGACCCACAAAUUCUGAAGACCGACCGUAAGCUUUGCUGAAUCUAUGGACAGAUUAUGAUGAGAGUCAGUGAAUUAUCUAGUUCGUGUGUAAUAGAUUUCAAAAAAGAAAUAAUUUUAGAAUCUCGGUAGUGACCUUGUAAUUAUCGAAUUACGAAACUCGUUGGAAAAAGCUCUUCGGUAAUUAUUUGUUUUGUGAGAUACUUUAUCUAAGUAAAUUUGAUUAGUCAUUUCGAUUUCAUCUGGAGUAUUGUAGAUGAAAUGUUUCUUAAGUAAUACCAAGAAUUAAUCAAAUCAGAUAGGAUUUUAAUGGCGUUUUUCAAGCUUCAGUUGCUUUCUCGGAAUUCUCCCUUUGAUUAUGGAUACAACUAAAGAUGUCUUUCUAAUUAAUAUUGAUUAUUUAAAAGGUACUUUUAUUUGAAGAUGAAAAUUACACCCGUACACUUACAACUUACUUACACUGACAAACGUAAAAAGGUAUUUAUUGUGAAUAUAUUCGGUAUAAAUUUAGGUUAUCGCGGUUCGCGUGAACAUAUAAUUUAAUCACAUUUCAAUUUAGCGAAUAAAGUUUACAAUGUUAACAAUAUGUGUCUAAUUUGCUAUGAAAUUGUAAACUAUUAUUGGUUUUGCACUCGUAAAUUAACUUUUUGGAAAUAGUAAUUAAGUAUUCAGAAAAACAAAAUUGCCGAUAUUGAUCGGCCAUUGUAUCUACAAUUGUAUAAUAAUAUAAUAAAUAACAUGUAACUUAAACAUUAUAUAUUAAAUCUUAUAUAAAAUAACAAUUUUGAUAAUUAUUAUGAUAUGUUUUACAUUUUGUACAUAAAAAAAUUAAAUCUUUCGAAUACAGUUUGAAGUAGAGCACAAAAAACUUUUUGACUAAAAUAAAGUAAACGCUAUUUGUUAGAAAGUAAGAAGUGCUUUAGGCAAAGCAGUGUAAAAAUAUGUUCCAAUCUAAUUAACUGAGAAUUUAAUCAAACCUUACACAAUUUAUUUUUAUUAUAAAUUAAGAAAAAAUAUUAGCAUUUUUAACAUAACAUCUCAUGAGUCUUACUCUUAUCGGUAAGAGUUUUUUAAUUAAAGUUAAUUCAAAUUAUGUAUAUAGAUUUGAAUAAAAUUCCUAUUUGAGUGGUGAAUCAAUUCAGAUUAACAACUUCAAUAGGAUAAUAAUUUCUUGUGUUAAUUAAACUAAAAUUAAGAUAAUUACAAUAAUAUUUGAAUGCUUGUAAUAUGCAGAAUUUCUAAUAUCGUGUAUUCGAACAGCAAUAAUUAUGUUACUUAUGCGUUCAAUGACGGGUGUUUUGGAUUUCGGAAAAUUGCCAGCGAAUUAAUUAAAUGAAACGAUCUGUUUAUUUAACUAAUAACCUAAUGUAAUCUAUUUCAACAUACAAAAAUAAACUCAUGAUAAAUGGGGAAUUAGUUAUUUGGUGUUUUCACGUCACCACUAUUAGGAACACAUUCCGCAUAUCGUUUUAAUUUGUAAUAAGUAUAUUUAGGCAUUACUACAUUGGCGUCAAAAUACAAGGAUUGAUUUAAAUAUUCAAAACAUUAGGCAAUUUUAAUUGAGUGUCUGCUCUAUGGUUUACGUUUUUAAUCUUAUUAGUUGUAAGUGAUAUUAUAGUAUUUUCUAUGAUAUGGAAAACUGGAAUAACCCGUGACAUAUGUUACGGAGGCGGUAACGUCGUACAGUAGAUUAUUUUUUCAUUUUCAAUAGUACUUUGUGUGUAAGUGUAAUCUUUUUAUUUAUUUUGUUUGUAUUUAUAUAUUGUAUUAAUAAUUUAUGUAAAACAUAAUGUUUUACAUAAUAAUGAGAUGUAUGUAACUACCUAAGUUUUAAUUUGUUUACAAUUGGUGUUUUUUCAUAGAAUAAUCCAUGGGUGUUUAAAAUUUUACUGUAGCUAGCAAACGUAUACUUCAACAGAAGUUUUGUUAUAAAAACGUAUCCAUAGAGUCAAUACUCAGCACUAUCUACUUAAGUCACAUAAUUUUCUAUGCUGUAAAAUAUUGUCGAGUUUGACACAAAUAUAAUAUAGAAGGAAACGGUAGAUUUUUAUUUGGGAGAAGUGUUGUCUUGUGUUGUCUAUGUCUUAUUUGUGCAUAUCUGUAUUCAUCUGAAACUUUGUAAAAUUGUUGUAUCAGAAUUUAUGUUCUUUUUAUUACUGUAAUACAAAAAAUUCAAAAAUAAAUACAAAUCGUAAAAUCCAUAAACGGAAACACUACAAAAAGUUGUUAGUUUUCACGUAUACCUUUCAUAAAUACCUGAAUAAAUUAUAUUUACAUUUUCGGUAAUAAAUCCGAUUUAUAUAUAACAUAUUGCAAUUGAUUUGUAUCGUUUCGUUGUUGUAUGAAGGUCUUGUCUUAGGGUAAGAGAAGUCGAGACUUACUGAGAACUAUGAAUUCCGUAUGUCAAGGAGUCAACGCGGUAAGUCUGGACUUUUAUCCUGAGGCUAAGUUACGUAGACAAAAGACUUUCACACAUGAGAAUCGUAUUUAAAGUUGUCUCCUGACAUUAGCCUCGUUGUGUAUAUGUAGUGAUGUCUUGUUGAAUGUGUGUGUAUGAAGAGUCAAAUUGGUUUACAUUCGGGCCGGGUUAAAAAUGUAAUUAUGUUAUGAUAUAAUCAAAAUAUUAUAAGAUACAUAGUUAUUUUAAGGUUCUAUAUAUUUUAAUGACGCAGUAUUUUUUAAAACAGAAAUUUAUUGAAGUCGUUGAUCACGAAUGUAUUUUAAUUUUGGUUCUAUUUUUUUAAAUAUAAUAUUAGUUAAAUUGGUUUUAUAUCAAUGAGAAAUUCGAUAGGUAAGAUUAUUAAAAUUCUUUUGAUAUAAUUGUAACAUCGAUUUGGCCCGAAUUUUGAUUUAUUUGCUUGAUAUAUGGUCUGUUAUACAACUAUAUUAUGUAUAGGUGUAUCAAUGUUAACUUAUCAUCAUAUUUUUAAAUUUGUCGGUUUAAGUUUUACUCUAAAAUUUAUAUCUACCCCUAUUUCUGAUUCAACUGGAGACAUGUUAUAACACUAUGUCAUCAAGCAAAUAAAUAUAUUUUCUUUAGUUAUAGUUUAUGAUCGCAUAAGUUUUAAUUAAUAUAUUUAACGGUUUUAAUACGAACCGUCCAUACGAAACAUUCCAAUAGUGUAAGUUCAAUGACAUUUUAUUAGCAUUCUAACUUUUUU